AUGUUCUUCCGCAGUCCCAUUCUUCUCUUGGACAAGUCCAAGCGACUGGUGGUGAAACUGGCUAGCUCGGUGGGUACGGGCUUCGCAUAUUGGACGGAGAAGUCCCCUUUGAAGAAGGAUUUUCGGAUGGCUUUGCGGAAGUUCGAUCCGCUCGUGAACCGCCAUGUCAUGUUCUACGAGGUUGCUCUGGGAAAGCAAAGAAAAGGCAAGAGGGGGCGACCACAAACUUGGGCAAGAUGGACGGGCAUCGGCAUUGAGGAUAUGGUGGCGUGA